CAGCGCGAGUAUGGAGAUUAUAUGAGCGCCGAUUUGGCAUGGAAAAUUCAGGACUGUCUCCCAUUAGGCGCCACACAAGUUCCAAUCAUCUUAGGGUCUGAUAAAACUCCCGUGACGAGAACCACCGGAGGGCUCGAGAUGCACCCCAUCUUCAUCACUAUCGGUAAUCUUGAUUCAGAAGUUCGCUCUAAGGCCACACUCCGAGCUUGGCGCUGUAUCACUUACAUGCCCAUUGCUAAGUUUUGUGUGCAUCCCGAUUAUCAAACCAUUUUUCAGGCGCGGUUGUGGCAUAAGUGUGUUGAUCUUGUCUGCGCCAACCUCAAACUGGCAGCCAAGACAGGUUGCUUUAUGACUGAUCCUUCCAAACUCAUUCGUUAUGCCUUUACGCCCCUCGUCGCUCACGUAUGUGACCUGCCAGAGGCUUGCAUGAUAGCUACGGUCAGCAAAAAUGCGUCUCCUUUAACGAUGGCAUUACAAGAAAAUUUUGGUGAUGGAGUUCUCUACCCUCCUCGUACUGGGCAACAUACGCUACAACUUAUCUGCGAGAUCUCCAAAACAAUCGAUGUUUGGGAUCUCGACAAAUUCCAGAAGGCAGCCAAAGUGGUCAAUCUAUCUGGAGUUCACAUGCCAUAUUGGCGUGAUUGGAUGUUUGCGUGCCCAUCUGUCUUUCUCGCUGGCGAGAUCUUGCAUACCUGCCUCAAAUUUUUUGCUGACCAUCCGCUCAACUGGACCAAGGAGGUAGUAGGAAAACCCGAGCUCGAUGCUCGCUUCAUUACUCAGCACAAGCGGGUGGGGACACGUCACUUCACCAAAGGCAUCACACACGUCAACCAAAUGACAGGUCGUGAGCAUCGGGAUAUCCAGCGCACCAUUGUUGCUUCAAUUGCAGGUGCUGCUCCACCUAGAUUUAUCCGCGCACUUCGUGCCCUCAUUGAGUUCAUUUAUCUUGCCCAAAAUCCGGUUCAUUCUGCAGACACCCUGCUGUCAAUGACGCAGGCUCUUUCAGACUUUCACGCAUUCAAAGACGCUAUCAUUGAGGCCAAGGUGAGGAGGGGAAAGAAGGGUUCUAAGGAAGAUUUUUUCAUUCCCAAACUCGAACUGCUACAAAGUUUUAGAGGCACAGUCGAGAGACUGGGCACUUUGAUGCAGUUUUCGGCGGAUAUGACGGAGCGUUUGCUCAUUACUCACUGCAAAGAUCUCUUUGUACAGUGA